AGGUCUGCAUCGUACAGAAGAAUGAUACUAAGAAGAUGUAUGCAAUGAAGUACAUGAAUAAACAGAAGUGUGUGGAGCGCAAUGAAGUGAGAAACGUCUUCAAGGAACUCCAGAUUAUGCAGGGUCUGGAGCACCCUUUCCUGGUUAAUUUGUGGUAUUCCUUCCAAGAUGAGGAAGACAUGUUCAUGGUGGUGGACCUGCUGCUGGGUGGGGACCUGCGUUAUCACCUACAGCAGAACGUCCGCUUCCUGGAAGAUACCGUGAAGCUCUUCAUCUGUGAGCUGGCCAUGGCCCUGGACUACCUGCAGAGCCAGCGCAUCAUUCACAGGGAUAUAAAACCUGACAACAUUUUACUUGAUGAACAUGGGCACGUGCACAUCACAGACUUCAACAUUGCUGCGCUGCUGCCCAGGGAGACGCAGAUCACCACCGUGGCUGGCACCAAGCCUUACAUGGCACCUGAGAUGUUCAACUCCAAAAAAGAAGCGGGCUAUUCCUUCGCUGUUGACUGGUGGUCCCUGGGAGUGACAGCAUAUGAGCUGUUGAGAGGCCGGAGACCAUAUCAUAUUCGCUCCAGUACUUCCAGCAAGGAAAUUGCACACAUGUUUGAGACGGCUGUUGUGACUUACCCUUCCGCCUGGUCACAGGAAAUGGUGUCAUUUCUUAAAAAGCUACUUGAACCUAAUCCAGACCAACGAUUUGCUCAGUUGACUGACGUUCAGAACUUCCCGUAUAUGAGUGAUAUAAACUGGGAUGCGGUUUUGCAGAAGAGGCUCAUUCCGGGUUUUGUUCCUAAUAAAGGCAGGCUGAAUUGUGAUCCCACCUUUGAACUUGAAGAAAUGAUUUUGGAGUCCAAACCUCUUCACAAGAAAAAGAAGCGUCUGGCAAAGAAGGAGAAGGAGAUGAGGAAGUGCGAUUCCUCUCAGGUGCGUCUUCAGAUGUGCUCCUUCCUGUGA